AUGGAGACUAUUGCAGCCUUGAAAUUGAAUGAUUCAUCAACAUCAUCACUUGUGGUUGUAAUGGUUCCAUUCUUAGCUCAAAGCCAUUUGAACCAACUCCUUCAAUUUGCCAAUGUCGUUUCCUCAUACGACAUUCCAGUCCACUACAUUAGCUCAACUCUUCACAUCUCUCAAGUCAAGUCUCGAGCCUCAAACCCAAUUCACCAACUUACCAAAAUCCAUUUCCAUGAUUACCCACUUCCAUUUUCAUCAUCAUCAUUAUCAUUAUCGGAUGAUGACGAGUCCUGCUUUACAGCCAAGUUCAUCGAAAAUUGGUUUCCUUUAUUCGAAGCCUCACCACACCUUCGCCAACCGAUUUUUGAUCUUCUCCAAUCACUGUCUCAAUCCACAAAACGACUUGUCGUUAUUCAUGAUGUUAUGAUGGCUUCGGUGGUUCAAGAUGUCGUUCGUAUCCCAAACGGAGAAGCCUACUCAUUCAAUUGCAUCUCUGUUUUUGCUAACUUCGUAUAUGGGUCUCUCUCCUUUGGACGAAACGACGUCGUCCCAAUAAAGAAUAUACCUCCUUUGGAAUCAUGUUUUCCUGCUGUGAUGAAGGAUUUUUUGGAGAAAGAGAUGAAGGUGGUGAGAUAUCAAAAUGGAGAGAUUUUCAAUAGUUGUAAAGCUAUUGAAGGAACUUUUCUACAAAGUCUUGUAAAUGACAUUGGUGUGGAGAACAACAAGGUUUGGGCUGUUGGGCCUUUACACCAAAUCACAAUUAUGACUAAUAAUAAGGACAAGUGGUUAUUGGAAUGGUUGGACAAACAAGAGCCAAAUAGUGUGUUGUAUAUUUCUUUUGGAACCACACCUGUUUUUUUAGAUGAAGAGAUUAAGGAGAUUGCAAUUGGGUUAGAGCUAAGUGGGGUUAAGUUUAUAUGGGCAUUGAGAGAAGGAGAUAAAUUUGAUGUUUUAGGUAGUAAUGAAGAAGGUGAAGGACCCCAAGUUCCAGAUGGGUUUGAGGAAAGAAUGAAGGGAAUGGGAAUUGUGGUGAGGGAAUGGGUGUCCCAAGUGGAGAUUUUGAGGCACAAAUCAAUAGGUGGGUUUAUGAGUCAUUGUGGAUGGAAUUCUUGUGUGGAGAGUAUAAGUAUGGGAGUGCCUUUAGCAACUUGGCCAUUGCAUUCAGAUCAACCUAUUAAUGCUCUGUUUAUCACACAAGUGUUGAAAGUGGGUGUGGCUGUUAUGGAAUGGGAGCAGAGAGAUGAGGUUGUGAGUUCAUCCAUGAUUAGCAGAGCUGUUAGGACAUUAAUGGCUUCAAAUGAAGGUGGUGAGAUGAGAAAGAGGGCUGAGAAAUUGGGUGCUGAAGUUAGAAAGUCUACUGAAGAAGAAGGUGUCACUCGUAUGGAAUGGGAUUCUUUCAUUGCUCAUAUCACUAGAUAG